AUGCCUUAUUGUCAGCGCUCGUCGACCAUAGGGUGGACCCAUCUCGUAAGGACAUUGGCCGACCGCCCCAAGCUGCUCUGCAACGGCUUUUCCAUCACGCCUUUAACCGCGUUGCCACAGCUGCAUAUAGCCACUUUGCAGUGGGUGAUGAAAUCACUGGAUUGGAACGAGAGAGGUAAACGAGUUGAUGGGAGAUUCCUCUCGUACCUUCGUUUUGCGGACGACAUUGUUCUCUUCUCGAGGAAUAUCAUUGAAGCGGAGACGAUGUUGAAAGAACUAAACGAAGUAGGGAAUCAGAAAGAACUGCGAAUCAAUUGGAAGGAACUCACUUCAUGA